AAAACGAUCUGUUGACUGGCCCUUGUCUUCUGUUGUUACAAUAUAACUCUCAUUUUGUACUUUGCUAAUUUUUGGCUUUAUUCCUAUCGUAAAUGUGGACAAAUUGCUGUGGUUACCUCUAUUUGCAUUCCGAUUAAAUCAGAUGCAAUAUUGUGACAAAUGCUGACGAUACCAUGCUUUAUUUUUGGUAUUGUUUUUAGAAUAAACCAGAUUAUUAUCACUUUAUUUAAUUCCAGCUGAAGUUUACCGAUGAUUUUCAGCUUCAACAAUUUGAUGAGACUUAAAGCGAUCCGGUGCACAAUGAGAAAUUAUAACCUUGUUGCGAAAUAUAACUCCUUCCAGAAUGUCAGGUUGAUCUUCCUCUUGACGAAGGCAGUGUAUUUUGUGAGUUUGCAUGCCCUGAUUCUGUGAAUUUGUUGAAACAGUUGUUUCUCAUAGUGCUUCUCACUAGUCCGUUCGAUCUGAACAGUCUGACGGUUAAGGAUUCAGCUACUAAUACCGCUUCUCUGUAUGUAACUACAUAUCCAACAAACACAUUUAUAUGAAAUUACUAGUAAGGUCACCAAAAUAAUAAUAAUGGUCACCUGAAUGCAAUAUAAUAUUUACAUAUUCCAGGUAUUAACUUCAUCGUGUGGCCUAACUGUUAUAAUAUCGAAUGUUGGACUCUGGAGUUUGUUAUCAUGGACCUUGACUAUAAUGCUGACUGCAAUAUCACUGAUACUGGGUUAUAAAAUGAGGCGUUUCAAUCAGAAAGGAUUCUAUAUUAUGAACUAUUUGAUUUCUGUAUGUCUACUCCUCGGAGCAAUUUUGCUUUCCGUGUUAUACUAUCUUUCCUUUCGAGAUACUGCAAAUACAGUUUUCGGAGCACUUUUGGGUCUUGGACUAUUUGUGGUGGUUGAUAAACACCAGGAUAUCUUGAAGUUAAAGGGCAAGCUAUACGAUGGGGCUACGUUUGAUAAUUAAACUUUGUCUUUUUAAUUGUGUUCUUUCGGAGUUUGGGUAUUUCAGACCAACGUUCAACCGAAAAAUUUGCACCACUGGACUUUCCGCCCAACCUACAUAAAUGUUUUCUAAGACCACUUCGAAUUUCGAUCGACGAGAUAGUAACAUGUCACUAGACCAACUUACCUCUGCCUAUCAGAAAGAUACGCGAUAAGUAACCCAAGUGUCGUCUUUUGUAUUCCAUGUUUUUUGCCAUUUUUAUCAAAACAUGUCAAUUGUCUGUUGGUCAACAUGCAUACCACAUCAUCCCUUGCACCUGGUGUCUAAAUAAUUGUGCGAAAUAUCAGGACAAUGUUACUCAGAAGAUUCCCUAAUCGAAAAAGUCACUCAAUGAUCUUACUUUCAAGAGAAUCUAAUUAUAUGUCAUACAAAAUUAUUGUCAAGUAUCAUUCAUGAGCAUAAACUUUCCAAAAUAUCUAUCGGGUAGACUACAUACAAUUUCAUUAAAACUGCUAACAUGAACAAGUCAAUAAAGAUGCAGAUAUUAACAAAGUUAAAAUGUUUAACGGAGAUUAAAAUUCAGCUGUCACUCAGAACUUACCUGUCUUUCUUUUGAAAUCGUUAUACCCAUGAAUAAAGGAGUAAUUCAAGACUUUUAUAUUAGAUUAAUUCUUUAUAAAUUUAA